UUCGCGGCCUGCUUUGACGGCUACGGUCCCGCCCGGCCCCGCCGGUGCCGCGGCGCCCUCAUGGAGGGAGGCCGGCCGCAGCCGGGGGAGGCCGAAGGAGGAGGAGACGCUGCCACCACCACCACCACCACCCCCUCGGAGACCCAGCUAGCCCACACGUGGCCCUGGUUCCUGCGUGGCCCGGAGGAGCUGCAUUUCGCCUCUGGGGCAUUGCUCCGUCAGCAGCUGGAGGAAGAGAUGAGAGAGGUGCAGAAUUACGUCGAUCAUGUCCGGGCCUUGACAGAAGCGAGGGAUGCUUUGGCAGCAGAAUACGAACGGGAAAACGAAGAGCUGAGGACGAAGUUCGCCCAGCUGCAGUUGGAACACGAGUCUCAGCAUAAGGAGGUGGCCGAGUUGCUGGCGCUGGAGGGCUUGGCCAGCAUCGUCCACAGCAGCCCCAGUGAGCAGGUUGCCUACUUGCUGGUAGAGAGGAGCACUCUGCUGGAGCGGAUGGAGGCGCUGGAGCAGGAGCUGGGAGCCCCCCACUGCCUGGGGAGACCCUGCGCAGCUCCCCUACAAGUGCAGGAUGAAUGGCAUCUCUUCCAUCCGAGGCUAGAGGAGGGACUGCACCAACCACAACAAUCCCUGCCCCACAUCCAGGGGACGCUUCCCUCGCCAGAAGAGCCGGCCGGAGGGCACCCCGUCUGGGAAGAGGCCGAGCGAGGUUUGGAGGGAGCCCCAGGCCGGCUCCGGAGCGCCCAGGGUGGGAUCCCGGCGUUGAAGGAGGACCCGGACGCAGCCGAGGGAGAGCGAGGGAAGCUGCCUGACUCGCCUGGAGCUGAGAUCUGGCCAGGAACGUUGGGCAAGGAGGAAGAGAAGGCCCAGCAGCCGGUUGAACCUUUGGCGAAAUCUUCACUCCCCAGAGAACCCUUCUCGGCCCUGGCCCCUGAUUCCGGCACUGCGUCCGAGCUGUGGAAGGCCAGAGAGCAGAACCUCUUGACAGAUAGACUGCUGCUGCGCGACCGGCUUUGCUUUCCGGAGGUAGAGAGACAGGCCUCUCUGGGGGGCUCAGUAGCCGGCAGAGAGGCAGCCAGCGACCUCGGAGGCUGCUUUAAGCAUGAGCUGCACAGCUACAAGUCAGAACUUCUUCGUCUCUACGGUGAGCUGCAGGUGUUGCAGGGAGCCGCAGAAGAGAGGGAUUUUCUGCACCUGACUCACGAGAAGCUGCUGCACAAGAACGGGCGCCUUGAAGCCAAGGUGUUGGAGCUCUCCCACGAAUGCGAGCGGCUGAACCAGCGUAUCCUGAGGGAGAGGAAGGAGGAGGAGGAGGAGGGAGUUUUGGCAGGCAGACUCUCGUGCCCCGAAUUUCCAGCCAGGGGGCAGGUUUAUGAAGAUCAGAUCCCGAACCAGGGAGGAGAUGGAGAGCCAAUGUGCCUUCGUUUGUCCGAAGCCAGCCAGAUGGGAGAGCUGGGGAAGCCGAGCCAGGCCAAGCAGGAAGAGGAGGGUCCCUCCUUCCUGAAGGAGAUUCUGGCCGUGCAGCAUCAGCUGAGCGCCCACCGAGAGAGGCACAGCGCUCCGGAUCAGCCCUGCCCACCCCGGCCUGCCCUGGGAAGCGCCGGGGGGGACACAGAGCAGGGACCCCCCCACAAGGGAGCCCUGCAGCCGCAGGAAGAGCCCCCGGGGCCGCUUUGGGGCCCCCGGCAGGCGCCGAGCUCCGUCGGCUCCACCAAGAAGCAGCUGAGGCUGGAACAGGAGAGGUGCUUGGAACUCCGGCUACAGAAUCUGCAGCUGCAGCAGGAAAACAUUAAGAUCCAGGCCGAGCUGAGGCAAGCCCAGGUGAAGGUGCUGGAGACCUCCAAGGCCUGCGGGGCUCUGGCCUCGCAGGGGGAGCUCAGCCAGCAGAAGGCGAAGGAACUCGAGCUGCAGCUCCUCCAGCAGUCCCAGGCCGCCAAGCAGCAGAGCCGCCUGCGGGAGCAGCUGACCCAGGAGAGCCGGCGAGCUGCCCAGGCCGAGAAAAGGGUGCAGGAAUUGGAGCAGAUGCUGCAGGAGAGCCAGCAGCUGUCGGAGACCCAGGCCGCCCUGGGCAGGAGGCAGCUGGAGGAGGAGGCCAGGGAGGCCAGAGCCAAGGAGGCCGAAGCCCAGCACUCCCUGCAGGAGGAACAGAAGAUGCGGAAGCGGCUGGAGCAGCAGUGGGAAGAGCAGCAGCAACAGCAGCGGAGACUCUGGCGGGAGAAGGAGGCCCAGCUGCUCCAGGCCUUGGCUGACCGGCAGGCCCAGUCCCAACAGCAGGAGGGGCAGCUGCGGGCCCUGGAGGACGAGAGGAGGGCCCUCGCCAAGGAGCACCUGCAAUCCCGGAGCCACAGCCAGAGGCUCUCGGAGCAGCUCUCCGCCCUGCAGCAGGAGAAAGAGGCUCUCUGUGAGGAGCAGAGGCAGAUCCUGAAGCAGGUGGACGUCUCCCUCAGGAAACAGAGCGAGCGGCGCCUCCGGCACAAAGCCCGGCUGCGGCAGGCGAAGGAGACGCUGCUCGGCGAGGUGAAGCUGCGCGAGACUCGCAUCCGGCACUUGGAGAACGAGGUGCGGCUCUCCAAGACCCAGGCCGAAAAGGACCAGCUGCUGAUCCGGCGGGUGACGGGUGAGAACGAGAGCCUGUUCCGAGAGAAGCGGAAGAGCCUGGAGCAGCUGCACAGCCUGGAGGAGGCCAAGCAGAGCGACGGCCAGGCCCUCUGCAGCCUCCAGAGCAGAGUCCAGCUUUUGGAGGGGGAGAACCAGCAGCUGCAGGACCGGACCCUCCAGCUGAGCCUGCAGGUGGGGAUCCUGGAACGGGCCCUGCGCACCAUCCACGUCCACAGCUUGCAGGAGCUCAAAAGCCUCGGCUUCCCCGAAUGCCCACUGCAGAGGAAGCUCCUGCCCUUCCCCGGCUUCAGCUUCUCCGUCACCAGGCUUUCGGACCCCGGCGGCCAUCGCCAAGCCCUGAAAGACGGGCAGCCGGUGGAGCCCGGGCAAAAGGCCCUGCUCUCCCCUCUGGCCUUCCAGAGCUCCGGCAUCGGCUACCUGAACGUCUCUGUCCCCAGAAAGCCGGCCGACUUCUGCGAAGACCAGCCCAGCCACCCCGUCGGCUGAAGGGCCCUGGCCGGCCGAGAGCAAGCGCCUGGAAGCCUCUCCCCGUCCGCGGCUGGCCGCUUUUUCACCGUACACCGGGGUGCCUUCUGAGAUGGACUGGCUUUGGGGGGGGGGGGAUGUCAAGUGUAUUUUUUAAAUAAUAAUUAUUUGUUUCUACAA